AUGAGUCUUCGUCCGCCUUCUACCAGUCCGAGCCCGUCGCCUGUAUAUGAGAAUGGCAAAUCUAUCGCACGCCAAUCGAUGGGACCGUCGGCUCGUGGCACUCCGACGCUAGCCCCAGCCUCACCACGCCCUGGAGGACAACCUAGUGCAAGGCCCACUAGUGAGCUAUUGGGUAGCGGUACCAUGUUCCAAACGCCUGAAGCGGAAGCACUCGAUCAGUGGUUUGAAAACCUCCAAAACUAUGAAGCCACUUUGGAGGAUAUGGCUGCUGCCUCGCUCGAUGUAAAUUUUAAAGAAGAGCUCAGCGCCAUUGAGCAAUGGUUCAAAGUUCUCUCUGAAGCAGAGCGCACAGCCGCUCUUUACAGUCUUCUCCAACAUUCUACUCAAGUUCAAAUCAGAUUUUUCAUUACCGUUCUUCAACAAAUGGCUAGGUCUGAUCCUAUGACGGCGCUUCUCAGCCCAGCUAUGGGAGGAUCAAUGCAAAGCCAGAUGGAGGCCAAACUUGCAAGCAUCAAGUCCCCUGGCCUGAAGUCUGGGCUACCCUCUUCGCCAACCACACGCAAUUUUAGUGCUGGGAAUCGCCAGUCACUAGCUCUGGACAACUCUUCAAACUUCCUUUCGCCUGAGUCUGCGGCGAACCCUGGUGGUCAGGAUGCUGCCGCCACUCUCGCUCAGCAGAGGGCAAAACUCAAGGCUAGUAAUGCUGCACACCGCAUUUCCGCGCCUGUUUUAGCUUCUCCCGGCACGGACAUACGUGCUUCUUGGGGACCCUCUACCCUCUUGAGCCAAGUCACCGAACAGAAUCCGCCUGUUCAGGAGGUUGUCAUUGGUACCUCUCGUCCUAAGAGCACCGAGUUCUCCGGCACCAUCGGAUCUCCUCGUCCCACGGAGACGGAGAACAACAGUUGGGCAAGUAUGGUCAAUACUCCCCUCAUACCCAUGUUUAAGGACACUCGCCCGCCCCCUUCCGUUCAGGCCGUCGACCCUGCCGCUCCGAAGCACUGGUCUAGAAAUGAUGCGGCUCCGGGCGUUCCGCGCAUGGGCGAUCCCACCAGUCGUCGCCGCAACAACAAGCUCAAUGGCGACAAUCAGAAUAGCGGGAAUAUCUACGAUGAUAACGGGAACCCGAUCAAUGCAGGUCAACAUCAAGGUGGCGCUGGCGUAAGGAACGCAUCAGGAGGUUGGUCAGGAACCAGGAGCCCGGCGCUCUCCAACACAUCCUCGAACAGGUUCGGAAAUGAUGACAAUAACAAUGGAAUGAACGGACUUGGGAUGCAGAUGGGAGGAUUUGGCAUGGGCUUAGGAAGCCCGACGAUGGGUAUGGGGAUGCCCCUUGGGGGAAUGCAGCCACUGAGUCCGUUCAAUAUGAAUUUGAACAUGCUCAGCGCGAUGGGAAUCUCUCCCGAGGCUCAGCUUCUGGCAGCACAGAUGGCCGCGAGUGGGUUCGGACAACAAACCAAUUGGCUCGGAAUGCAGCCAAUGUCUGCUGGGCUGAAUAACCGGCGCAAUGGGCCCCCGAGUGGGCGUUCGCCCGGCCUCAAGAGCGCGUCGAGUGUGGGGAGCCGCAUGGACGGCAACAACACGCCAAAGGGAGAGGAGGACGUGGAUCCGGCGCUGUUGAACGACAUCCCAGGAUGGUUGAGGAGCUUAAGGCUGCAUAAGUAUACUCCGAACUUCGAAGGUGCGAAGUGGCAGGAUAUGGUAAUGAUGGAUGAGGCCGCGCUCGAGGCGAAGGGCGUCGCGGCGCUGGGAGCAAGGCGGAAGAUGUUGAAGACAUUCGAGCUCGUCAGGAAGAAAAUGGGGAUGGAGGAACCGCCGAACAGUGCUCUUCCGAGUGCUUCCGAUGGAAGAGGCUGAGGGCGUAGCAGAUUGGCUGAGUUCUUGAAUGAUGAACAAGCAGUAUACCAUUUUCUCUUUCUUUCCCAAGUUUUACUCCUCCCCACUCUCAGAAUUUUCAAAAGUGAACGCUUCCGAUUCUCCCCCCUAUGUCUCCCCUCUCACAGGACACUAUGACUUGAUGCGUAAUAGGUCUUUCUUCCAUUCCACGUAUCUCAGCCCAUCUCUCGACAGUACUGUAAAGGCCUGCCAACGUCGGUGCGAUAUGUAUUUGAAGCGUGUAACAGUCU